AUGAAGGCCGCCGCCACUUUUGCGCUUUCCGUCCUCGCUCUUCUCCCCUUCGUCUCGGCCCACGGCUAUGUCAGCCAGGUCACGAUCGACGGCACGUCCUACAAGGGCAAUACCCCCGGCAGCAGCAGUGUCAAGUCGGCGAUCCGCAUGAUUGACGACGUCAGCCCCGUCAAGGGCGCGACGAACAAGUACCUCUCGUGCGGCCAGAACGCGCAGAAGGCAUCGACGGUCGCCACCGCCAGCCCCGGGAGCAAGGUCAGCUUCAAGUGGUCGGCAAUAACCGGUGGUAAUUGGUUCCACAACGUCGGCCCGCUCAUGACGUACAUGGCGUCCUGCGGCACCGCCAGCUGCACGAGCUUCAACUCGUCCGGCGCGCGCUGGUUCAAGAUCGCGCAGGCGGGCCUGCAGAGCGACGGCACGUGGGCGCAGGCCGCGCUCCUGACUGGGGCCGCGGCGACCGUGACGCUCCCGUCGAACAUCGCCCCCGGCGAGUACCUCAUCCGCCACGAGAUCAUCGCGCUGCACACGGCGAUGACUUCUGGGGGUGCCGAGUUCUACCCGUCGUGCACCCAGCUGAAGAUCGGGGGCAGCAAGACCGGCACGCCGAACGCGACCGUGUCGUUCCCUGGCGCGUACAAGGACUCGGACGCGGGUAUUCUUGUCGACGUGUACGACCUUGUCGGCUCGUACGUCUUCCCCGGCCCGGCCAUCUCCAACCUCUCGGGCAAGACCUCCGUCGCCACUAGCAACACCACCACCACCGCGUCCGACUCCGAGACGAGCACUUCGUCGGCGACCUCGUCUACGACUACCACGGUCUCGCGCCGCGUCAGCCGCGUCAUGCGCGCCGUCCUCUAG